AUGGCAUCUGGAAUUGAUUCAGAGGCAAAGGUUCUGUCUAUUUUGGAUAAUAUUAAAAGUCAAGGAGCCAAAGAAGAGACAUCUGAUGAUAAUAAAAAAGGCAACAAAAAAAUAACUUCUAACAAAAAGGAAGAAGAAAAUGUGAUGCGCGGUCUUCCCAAAUCUGGUAGAUUUUGGAAAUCUAAAAAAGAAAGGUUUAAUACAAUAGUGAAGACUAAAGGAAUCAGAUUAAAUUUUGAAAAGAAAACAGCAUUGAGAAUAGAAUUACAAAAAACAAAAGAGCUAUCUAGGCAAAUUAUUGCAGAAGUCAAUGAAAAAGAACAGGCUAAAAAAGAACGAAGACGUGAGAAUAUAAGACGUACGCUAGAAAAUAAGAAGAAAUCUGAAGUUGUUCAAGUCAUAUCAAACACAAAGAAACUGAAGAGAAUGAAGAAAAAACAACUUAGGUUUAUUGAGAAACGUGACACUACUAAAACUGUUGCAACAAAUAAAUCUGAAUAA